UUCUUUCCGAAACUCAACAUUGUCUGUCGUCAGAACUCUCGGUAAUUUUCAAGAGUGUAACCUAAUCUGUAAAACAUUAAUUAUUAAAAUAGGUAUCUCAGGUAUCUGUCAAUUGUUUUAAAUCUUUGCAGAUUCACCAUUUCCUCCGUUCAACAUGAGUCUUGUAUCGAAAUUAAUUGGUAAACGGUACAUUUACCAGUCACUCAAGUAUGUCCCGAGCGCAAGUUUGUACGGCGCUACUGGAUUCACCUUUUUGUGUUACUUCACUGACUGGAAAUUGGUAUUACAAUACGUACCAUACUACAACACAAAAUUUCCAAAAGAAGUCGAAGAAUAAUCAAUUAAACAAUGUAUAAAACAAUUUAGUGUUCUUAAUAUCUGUUAAAAUAAAAACAGUACUUUUGAUGAGUAUGUACUCAAAUUGAUUAAUAA